AUGCAGGAGUGUGCACCAAGACCUUGCAAGUUUUGCGAGUCUGCACUCGCCAGGUACACCUGCCCAAGGUGCAAUUGUGGGUACUGCUCUAUCAAAUGCUACAAGGAUGCCAGACACCAAGGCUGCAGCGAGGACUUCUACAAGGACUGGGUCCAGACUUACUUGCGCAUGGAACAGGCCAACCCUGAAACCCAGCGAAAGAUGGUGGGCAUACUAAAGGCCGUCCAGAAAGAAGAAGAAGGAGAAGAUGAUGACCAGGAAACGGACGAAGUGGCUGCUCUCGUCCAACGUCUGGAACAGACUGACAUCGACGCUGAAACUGCCUGGAGCUAUCUCACCCCAGACGAGAGGCAAGAGUUUGAACGCAUGGUUCAGACAGGUGAUGUUGCAAAGCUUGUUCCACUAUGGAAGCCAUGGUGGGAAGAAACGGCCCUUGUCAGCGAAGUGACGGCGGAGGAGAGCUCCAAGCAGACUGUCCAGCCUCUCGGCACGUUGACAAGCAAGCCGCCUGCAGCAUGUGUCGUGAACAGUGUGGUGAACGUUUUGUGUAGCUACGUCCAUGUUAUACGACUGUACAAUGGGGAGAUGGUUCCUCAGAGUGCGGAAGAGUUCCUUAGCAUCAGCUCAGUUUUGACAGAUGAUGCUGUGUAUGGCACCUCCGCUGAAGCUGUUCAGGCUGUGCUGCAAAAAGUCGUCAUGAGUCAAAGUGUGACGGCUACUGAAGAGCUCCCAUCUUUGCUCAGAGCCUUUCGGAAGUUUCUGGGAAGUCCGCGAUUGAAGGACAAUGCACUGAGAGCUUUGGAUGAAACUCGUAGUGUAUUCGAAGCAGCAACAAGAGAACCUGAAUGCCAGAGGGAGCUGAAAGUAAAGCUUCGACGGGCUAUAAAAAAGGUUGAGUACAUGAUGUCGUGGACAGUGGAGCAUGGAGAUAAACUGCUGUCAUGCCUAAAUGACAUUGACGUUGAAGCUCUUGCAGUUGCCGAGAAUGUGUCAACAUUUGAGGAGGCACGCAAGGUAGUUGAGGAACAGAGGAAUACGACCUCGAAGCCAAGAGUGCUGAUUGAAGAGCUCAACUAAGUUCCAUGUGACACUAAUGACACCAUCGUCAUAUAGGCAUCUCCUGUCAAUAAAGUUUGUGAAUUAAGUCACAC